AUGUCCCUGGCGGAGGCCAUCAGCCUCUGGAAUGAAGGGGUGCUGGCAGCCGACAAGAAGGACUGGAAGGGAGCCCUGGAGGCCUUCGCCGCCGUCCAGGACCCCCACUCCAGGAUUUGCUUCAACGUGGGCUGCAUGCACACCAUCCUGGGAAACAUGCCCGAGGCGGAGAAGGCUUUCACCCGAAGCAUUAACAAAGACAAGCACUUGGCAGUGGCCUACUUCCAAAGAGGGAUGCUCUAUUACCACAUGGAGAAAUAUGACGCGGCCAUUAAAGACCUCAAAGAGGCCUUGACUCAGCUUCGAGGGAACCAGCUGAUAGACUACAAGAUCCUGGGGCUGCAGUUCAAGCUGUUUGCCUGUGAGGUGUUAUAUAAUAUUGCUUUCAUGUAUGCCAAGAACGAGGAGUGGAAAAAGGCUGAAGAACAUUUAGCUUUGGCCAUGAGCAUGAAGUCUGAGCCGAGACAUACUAAAAUUGACAAAGCCAUGGAAUGUGUUUGGAAACAGAAGCUCUACGAGCCAGUGGUGAUCCCUGUGGGCAGGCUGUUUCGACCAAAUGAGAGGCAAGUGGCUCAGCUGGCCAAGAAGGACUACCUAGGCAAGGCGACAGUGGUGGCAUCUGUGGUGGAUCAAGACAGCUUCUCGGGGUUUGCCCCUCUGCAGCCCCAGGCCGCUGAACCUCCACCCAGACCCAAAACCCCCGAGAUCUUCAGGGCUCUGGAAGGGGAAGCUCACCGUGUGCUGUUUGGGUUUGUGCCGGAGACGCCGGAGGAGCUGCAGGUCAUGCCAGGGAACAUCGUCUUUGUCUUGAAGAAGGGCAAUGAUAACUGGGCGACGGUCAUGUUCAACGGGCAGAAGGGGCUCGUUCCCUGCAACUACCUCGAGCCAGUGGAGCUGCGGAUCCAUUCUCAGCAGCAGCCCCAGGAGGAAGCCUCCCCAGAGUCUGAUAUCCCAGCUCCUCCCAGCUCCAGUGCUCCUGGAAGACCUCAGUUACCACCAGGUUGGAGUUCCUUCUGCUUCCUCUCCCCUCAGGACGUAAAGCUCAGAGUUCCCAUGCCCUACACGGUCAAGGUGCACUACAAGUACACGGUGGUCAUGGAGAUUCAGGCCGGCCUCCCCUACAGCCAGCUCCGAGACAUGGUGGCUAAGAAGCUGGAGCUCCUACCGGAACACACCAAGCUGAGCUAUCGGCCUCCGGACAGCCAUGAGCUGGAGCCCCUUUCAGAAGAUAACAUGAAGGCUGCGUGGGGCCAAGUGAGAAACUACUGCCUGACUCUGUGGUGUGAGAACACAGUGGGUGACCAAGGCUUUCCAGAUGAGCCCCAGGAAAGUGAAAAAUCUGAAGCUAAUAACCAGACAACAGAACCUACGCUUAAGGAAGGAGGCCAUGUGGUAGCACUCUUCACUUAUGAAGCCACCCAGCCAGAAGACCUGGAGUUUCAGCAAGGGGACAUAAUCCAGAUUAUAUCAAUGGUGAAUGAAGACUGGCUGGAAGGAGAGUGCAAAGGGAAAAUUGGCAUUUUCCCCAAAGCGUUUGUUGAAGAACAUGCAACUACAGAUUUGGAAAGCUCUCCUAGAGGAGUCUAAGAUGUUCCAUAACCUCCAAGUUGGAGAAAA